AUGAUACCGUGGAGUAUAUUCUUGCUUCAUUCAUUGCUCUCCUCUUUGCAAGGAUCUUAUUGCAAGCUUUCUCUUUUGAGAAGAACUUCAAGAAAUGAGUUUAAUGCAACUCGACAGAAAAGAGAUCUUGUAACAGCCGAGAUUCGAUCUGCCUCUCCUCGCUCGCACCUUCAUGGGGCCUUGACGCGGAGUCUGCCAGGAGGUUCGUGUCCUCAAGAGUGUCUUAAUGGAGCAGCCUGCACAGAGGCAGGUGACUGUGACUGUCAGUUAUUUCAGGCUCAAGGAAGCAGGUGCCAAAUUGUACCUAACACUGGUAAGGACCGAGAUGGGAUUUGCAAAUCAUGGGGACAGUAUAAUUUUGAAACAUUUGAUGGCAUCUACUACUACUUCCCAGGAAAUUGCUCCUAUAUUUUUGCAAAAGACUGCAAUAAUCCAGAACCCCAGUACACUGUUUGGGUUCAUAACAGUCCUCACUGUUACGGUUCAGUAUAUACUUGUCAGAGGUCUGUCAGCUUAUUUUUUUCAAACCAAGAAGAAAUAAUUAUUUCAGGACGUGAAGUAAGAAAAGAAGGAACCAGAUUAUUGUUGCCUCAGACAAUUGGGAAUGCUUUUGUUGAGAGACUGGCUGACUAUAUUCUGGUGAAGACUACCUUUGGUUUUUCUCUUGCUUGGGAUGGAAACUCUGGUAUUUAUAUUAAGCUGACAGAAGAUCAUAAGGGAAAACCUUGUGGCCUCUGUGGAAAUUUUAAUGGCAAUAAAUAUGAUGACCUGAUACUGCAAAAUAGUGAAUAUACAGAAGAUAUUGCUGAAUUUGCAAAUAGCUGGGCUGUGCAAACCUCAGAUGAUGUAGCUUGUGUACCUACUGCCUCAGAUUUUUCCAGUCCUUGCUCAGCUAACACAGAACUCACUGAGGACAUAUUCUUCAAGUGCCAAAUAUUCCUACAGUUUCCUUUUCUCAGCUGUCAUGAAAGCAUAGAUCCGUAUUCUUAUAUUUCUAGCUGUAUGAAUGAUCUUUGCAGAGUGGAUGAUGAUGCAACAUACUGCAGGGCGGUGACAGAGUACGCUAGAGCGUGCUCUCACGCUGGCUCCCCGGUGCGGGACUGGAGGGAUGACUUUCCUGCCUGCACUGAGAAGUGUGAAGACAGCUUUGUGCACCGUGACUGUAUCAGUUGUUGUCCACCAACCUGCACAUUUGAAAAAGAUUGUCUUGGCAGCAACCUACACUGUUUAGAUGGCUGUUACUGUCCAGAUGGUCUCAUUAUGGAAAAUGGAACUUGCAUCUCCGUGUCAAAUUGUCCUUGUAUUUAUCAUGGAACUGCCUUCCCUGUAGGCUCAAAAAUUGAACAAGAAUGUAGCAACUGUAUUUGUAUUGGUGGCAUUUGGAACUGCACUGAUCAUGACUGCCCAGCGGAGUGCUCCAUCACAGGUAGCUCUCAUUUCACAACAUUUGAUGGACGACAUUUUACUUUUCUUGGGAUUUGCCAGUACAUUUUGGUAAAAGGCACCGGGAAAAACAAAUUCACAAUCACUUUGCAGAAAGCACCUUGCGGACAAAACUUUGACCACGCCUGCAUUGAGUCUGUAACACUAGUUCUUGAAGAUGAUGUGAGCAAACAAGUAACUCUCACAAGAUAUGGUCGAGUCCAAACUGGUCCUAACCAAGUUUUUAACCUUAAUGGGGCUAUUGAAAUUCAGAACAUAUCUUCUUUGUUUGUUCAACUGAAAACUAGUUUUGGUUUGAAGAUACUGUUUGCUAAAGAUGGAGAGAGAAUCUAUGUUCAAGUUGAUGUUGGCUGGAAGAGAAGAACAUUGGGAUUAUGUGGAACAUACAAUGGAAAUUUAAGAGAUGAUUUUCUUUCUCCAGCAGGAAUGAUAGAAGGGACCCCACAACUUCAUGCCAAUGCAUGGAAGGUUUCCUCAGCUUGUUCGGUGCCUAUCAAUAUUCCUGUUGUUGAUCCUUGCAAUGUUAAUCAGCAAAAUGCUGGGUAUGCAUCUCACUGUGAUAUCAUCAAUCAAGAAGUUUUUGCUCCCUGCCAUGCCUACAUCAGCCCGGGAUUAUACUACCAGCUCUGCCGCUUCGACGCGUGCAAAUGUGGAAGCAGCUGCUUGUGUAAUGCUCUGGCUCACUAUGCUUACCUCUGCGGCAAGCACGGGGUCUUCGUUGACUUCAGAUCUCAUAUUUCUUACUGUGCUGUGAUGUGUCACAGUGGUAUGCUUUAUCAUCAGUGCUCUUCUUUUUGUAAACAUUCCUGUGCUUCACUUUCUAUGGCAAAUAUCUGUGGUGAUGACUGUGCAGAAGGAUGUAAUUGUCCUGAUGGGAAAUAUUUUGAAGAGUCGGUCAGCUUUUGUGUAUCAAUAUCUGCCUGUCAUUGUCAUUACAAGGGCAAAGCCCUCCAGCCUGGAGAAAUCCUCCUCAUGCCAACAGGCUCCUGUCAAUGUUUGAAUGGAACAGUGAAAUGUAUUGAAGCCACUACAGAAAAUACAGUUCACAUAUGCCCUGAAGGAAAAAUGUACUAUGACUGCAGAUCUCCUGUGCCUGGAUUACCAGCAGCAGGUGUGAACUGUGUGAUCUCCUGUGCAAACCUUGCCAUGAACUUCUCCUGUGUCCCCUCACCACCCUGUGCAAGUGGCUGCGUUUGCCCCCCUGGGAUGGCUGAGCAUAGAGGGAAAUGUUAUAUUCCUGACAGUUGUCCAUGUACCUGGAAAGACAGGGAAUUUCUGUCAGGAGAAGUGAUAGCUACACCAUGUUACACCUGUGUUUGUCGGAGAGGGGUAUUCAACUGCACCAGUUACCCCUGUCCUGCUGUAUGCACUAUUUAUGGAGAUCGACACUAUUACACCUUUGAUGGACUGGAGUAUGAUUAUGUCAGUGACUGCCAAGCUUACCUGCUAAAGAGCACAGAUAACUCAAAUAUAUCUAUAAUUGCUCAGAACAAAAGGUGCUUUGACAAUGAUAUUGUUUGCUCGAAGAAUGUGUUCAUCACUGUUGGAGACACUGAGAUUUAUUUUAGUGAAUCUUCUGAGAAGCAGGAAAUAUCUUAUUUUUUCAUUGAAAACAGAUCUAACUACCAGCUUUGGAAGGCUGGAUAUUAUACUGUGAUACACUUUCCAGAACAGGACAUUACAAUUCUGUGGGAUAAGAAGACAAUGAUGCAUGUUAAAGUUGGACCUCGAUGGAAGGGUAAACUGGCAGGUUUGUGUGGAAACUUUGACAAAUAUACUUCAAAUGAUCUGACUACAUCAAACAACAUGGAGGUGAGAAAUGCACAGGUGUUUGGAGACAGCUGGGUAUUAGGACAGUGCAAGAGCCCAAAUGAAACACUAAGGCCAUGUGAGGUACAUCAGAGCAAGUUCCCUUAUGCCAAAAAGGAAUGCUCAAUUUUAUACAGUGAUGUUUUUGCACCUUGUCGCAAUGUGAUUGAUGUGACUUCUUUCGUCAAAAAUUGUCACACAGACACGUGCAACUGCAAUCUUGGCGGGGACUGCGAGUGCUUGUGUACCAGCAUUGCAGCUUAUGCCCACAAGUGUUGCCAGCAAGGAGCAGCCAUUCACUGGCGAUCUCCUUCCCUCUGUGCUUAUGACUGUGAAUAUUACAAUCAAGGUCUUGGUGAAGGACCCUAUGUUUUGGCAAGUUAUGGAGAGAAUGACACAAUUAUAGGAGCUAAUGUAUCCAGUAGAAGGAUAUUUCCCCUGCCUAGAACUGGAGCAUAUGGAAAUGUAUUUUUCAGUUUCAUGAUAACUCCAGGCCUUUUCAAAGACAAAGAUUUAUCACUCUCUCUUGUUUCUCUUGAAUCUGCUGAAAGACCAAACUACUUUCUGUACGUACACAACAAUGAAACCAUUGGGUUGGAACAGUGGCAGGCAAGUGCCUCCUUUCGGAGACGAGCCACCUUCUUCCACCACCACGGCCUCUGGAGUCCAGGGCUCAGCACCUUCGAACUGCACAGUAAAAAAGGGUUUUUCAUCAUUCUCACCUCAUCUGGUGUUAAAGUGGCAAAGUACGAUGAUUCAGAACAAUUCAAAUGUUUGAGUAGCUUUAGUAUUGAAGAACUUGAUGCAUCUGUGCCUUAUAGAAGAAUGUGUGAAUGGCGAUAUGAAUCCUGUGCUAAUCCUUGUGUUAAAACUUGUAGGGAUCCUGAAGGAAUAGCGUGUAAAUUCCUUCCUCCGGUUGAAGGAUGCUUGCCAUACUGUCCCAAAAACAUGAUCCUUGAUGAGGUCACACUUAAAUGUGUUUAUCCAGAAGACUGCAUACCUGUGACUCCUACAGAAUCAGCAACUGGAACAAAACCUUCACUGUUAAUCUCACACACAGGUGCUACCACACAGAGAUUUCCUCAGACACCUCCUCUAUUUGUUACUUCAGGGAUGGAGUCAACUCAUACUGGUGUGACAGCCAAAAUAACCAUGAAGGCAAACAUAACUUUAAGGGGAAUGAAUAUGUCGGCACAGUCCAUUACAGACUUUUACUCAUUGGAAGCAUCUAAUGCAGCUACCUACUCAUCACUUUCAUUACCAAGUACAGUGAAGCCUUCUGAUGUACUUCACAGCACAGCCAGCCCUACUGUCCUUUCCAAACUCAUCUCAUCAACAGAUUUUCCAGCCACUCUUCAAGCAUCAGUAGUUACAUCACAUACUGUCAGUUCUACCACAUCUAUAACUUUGCCCAUUACGAUAGCGACUCCAACAACCCUGCUCAGUGCAAGUCAUAUUCCAACGCAUUCUACGUUAUUAACACCCACUUCCCUAAUGGUAGUUCCAUUUCCACUUGAAACAUCGAUCACUCAGCUAGGAACUGUUCCCCCUACCUCAGCAUUAACAACUUCAACCUCUAAGCCAUCUUUUGUCACUUCUGAACUGCCUGGAGGGUUUGGGAAGACCAUUGUUAUCUUCAGUGGAAUUUCAGUGACUGUUCCCAAGUGGACAUCUCCAUUAAUAAAAGGCAGUAUUUCUGCUGUUCUGCCCAUAACGACUGUGUUUUCACCUCAAGCUGUUUCUGAAGUCCCUAUAAACACUUCUUCAAGUCCUUCUCUAACACUCACAGUACCAGUGCAUUCUCUCAUUUCCUCCCUGAAGCCCAAAGCUAUUGCAGAUGUCACUGUUGUCUCCAAAAAUCUUUAUAAAGUACCUUCCGCUACUUCCACUCUUCUAGUCAAUCCAACAAUCUCUGAUACGUUUAUAGCAAGUAAAGCCUCUACAGAAAGUAAAUACAUAACGCACACUGAUUCCUUUUCAGUGUCAUCCAUUUCUAAAAAACCAAAGAAAUCCAUUAGAUCUACAGCCUUCCCUCUUAGGACAUCGGUAUUACCUCCAAAUGCUACAUUAAUAACCACUUCAGAAAUUACAGAGCACCCAAGAAGUUCACAUACAGAAUUGAAAAUUGACCCUGUGGCACAAAGUUCAGGCACUUUCGUUCCUAAAGAUCCUUCUCUUACAAAGUCAUCAUCUUUAUUUACAAUCUUGUUAUCAAUAUCAGUACCAUCUUAUGUGACAACUCAUAAUACAAGUUCUUCAUUGAUUCCCAUAGUCAGUAGGACACCGUCAUUAACACAAAAUAUAACUGCUACCCAAACAUCAGUUUCACCUCUAGAUACACAAGGAGCCUCAAAAAGUCCAGUUACAGACUUUGAAACUUCUUCUGUAGAUUUUUCUACAUUCACUUUAAACGUAAGCCCUUCUACUAACCUUUCAACAACAGUAAAAACAUCCAUUACAAUGCCCUCUUUACUAAUGCCUACAACUCCUGAAACCACUUUAGAAGACCAGUCCAGUAGGGUCUCUAUGUCUUCACCUCCUCCUAAGACAACUCAUAUCUCUACUGUUUCUCUAGGAAAACAGAGUUCUUCAGUAAGUUCUUCAGAAGAAGAUGGAACAACAUCAGCUGGAAUCAUCACUCAAUCCACUACACCAAUGAUCAUGAAAACAACAGUGAGCGCUACAUCCUUAAAAGGACCGUAUAUUUUUGAAAAAAUACCACCUAGCUCUUCAGCUAGUUUAUUAGUUGCUUCUGGCGCAACUGUGGCUUCUGGGAUUACUACAAAAACCAGCGAUUCUUUUGUUACUGAUUUGGAAUUUUACAUGGCUUCAGCUUCAGUUCCUACCAGCGUAGAAACACCUAUGCAUGUGUCACACCAAUUUUUAUUUACAUCUGCAGUGACUCAAGCUUCUCAGAGCAGUAAAGAAACUCCAAAAAUGAUGAUCAUUAAAACAACUGGUACUGCAAGUCCAUUAUCACAGAUGAAGAGUACCUCAUUUACAGCUUCAGAAGUUAAAUAUGCAACCUCAUUAGAAAGUGGUCAGACUUCAGAUGAGCAAAGAAAUGUUACCAAGACAAAGACAACCGAGAAAUCUUCCCUGCCUUAUUUGACAGUAUCUGCAGUUCAGAGUUUGUCUUUUUCAAAAAAUACAACCUCAGCAAAAAACUUCUCUCUUUCUGGAGUACUGGAUGUAACAAUGUCAGAUUGGUCCAAAAUCCCAACACAGAAACCCAUUAAGCCUUAUUUCAGUUUAACAAAGCCCACAGAGCUGCAGAUCAGUGGUGGAAUGGCUCUGUCUUCCCCUUCAGAGCCUGUGAAAACACAAGCUUCUCUGGCAAGUGCAGAAACAAUGACAGCUACAGGUGACAAGGCUUCCUUUGGUACAAUGAUGCAUACGCUGAUUUCUACAUCUUCCAAAUGUGUGCCAAGAUACCUUGAACCUGUUGACAAAUGUAGCCAGUACGUAUGUGUUAACACGGGUUGGAUGUUAUACAACCUUUCAAGGAACUGCCCUAAGGAUGUGCAGAAGCCAGACUGUGGUUUUCGAGGAAUGCCAGUUCAAGUUAACACUGAUAGUUGUUGCCCAGAAUGGGAAUGUCCCUGUCAAUGUUCCGUACUGUCUGAACUGAGCAUUAUUACAUUUGAUGGAAACAACAUAGCCCUCUGUAAUAUGGCUUCCUAUAUUUUAGUCAAGUUACCAGGAGAAACUAUCGUUGCUCAUAUUGAAAAAUGUCCUGCUAAUCAGAGUGCAAAUUCAAUAAGAAAACUAGUUCCUCCUGCCAGCACUUCAGGGCUCUGUUUUAAGAAGUUAAAUGUAACAACACGCACACAUAAAUUACUUAUCAAUCGUUUAGAAAGAAAAGUAACAGUGGAUUCUGUAAUUCAAUCAUUACCAUUUUCAAAAGAAGGACUGAGUAUUCAGGAUACUGGUGCAAUGUAUGUCGUUAAUACCCCAGCUGGUAUUAGCAUCAAGUGGGCUCACUUUACAGGCAUUAUAGACAUACAGUAUGGACCACACUCUAACACAUCAAUGAAGACAGAAGGACUUUGUGGGGUGUGUAAUGGAGAUCCUACUGAUGACCUGAAAAUGCAAAACAGGACCAUAAUUACAAAUAUUGAGGAAAUUGAAGUGUUCAUUAAGAGCUGGGAAAUUGAGAAAUCACUUGAUGUAACAACCAGGAGGCCAGUAAGAAACUGUACUGAAGAUAACUGCACAUAUUGUAUGGAACUGUUAAACAGAAGCAUUUUCAUCCCUUGUCACAAGAAAGUGUCACCACAGGAGUUUUGUGAGAAGAUGUGGAUCAACAGUACUUAUUUUUGGAAUUACGAGUGUGAUGCCCUUUCUGCAUAUGUGGCUUUAUGCAACAAGCACAACAUCUGCAUUAAAUGGAGGACACCUGAUUACUGCUCACUGAGUUGUCCUGAGGGCAAGGAAUACCAGCCUUGUGUACAACCCUGUGAAGCCAAGACAUGCUUGAAUAAAUGGUUCUAUGAAGAUUCUCCCUGUUCCUAUUUAAGGGAAGACUGCGUGUGUAAAAAUGGCACUAUUCUGCAUAGAACAGACUCUGACCUGUGUAUACCAGAAGAAAAAUGUACAUGUACAGAUAACAAAGGACAACCCCGCUCUGCAGGGGAGAUCUGGAAUGGGUCAAUGAGAGGCUGCUGUAUGUAUAAAUGUUUAGAAAAUGGAAGUAUUGUUGCUGUAGAACCUGAAUGCACUGAGGAUCCACCACCAGUCUGUGAAAGAGAGGGGGAAGUUAUUGUCCACAUCAUGGAAGAAAGAGCUUGCUGUCCAAAAAAAGUUUGUGAAUGUAACAUGUCAUUGUGUGAUGCUGCUAUUCCAACAUGCAAACCCAACGAAAAAUUAGUGGUAGGCUACCACCCCCUGUCCUGCUGUCCACAGUACCGGUGUGAAUGCGAUCCUUCAGUUUGUUUCAAUGCUUCCCAGCUGGACUGCAGAGAAGACCAAUUUAUUGUUGAAGCAAAACAGGAAGAUCCCUGUUGUUUCUCUUACCUCUGUGUUUGUGAAUCCUGUAUUGAGCCUGUUCCCUUGUGUAAUGAAGGGGAAAUUCUCACUGUAGACCUUAAUACCAUACAUUACUGUUGCCCUCAUUACUACUGCGUUUGUGAUGAAAAUCUUUGUUCUGAGCCCCAUAUGAAUUGCACAGAUGACAUGACACUUGUGAAGGAAAAAAUACCUGGGCAGUGUUGUCCGGAAUGGCACUGUGAAUGUAGCUGUGAAAACACUACUAUGCUGACAUGUAAAUUGGGAGAAGUUAAAAAAGUAGAUAGUAGCAUCUCCAGUGCUUGUGGAUGCACCCACUACAUUUGUGAGAAGGAUGAUGUGUGUAUCUUCCAAGAGGUGACAGUACUGAAUCCUGGGCAGUCAGUGAUUCAGUACUUGGAUGGAGACCUUUGUUACACUGCACAGUGCUUACAAGAAAAAGAUCAGAACACGGGAUACAAUGCGAUGCAUUUUACAAUGGUGAACUGUUCCCAGCAAUGUGAAGCUCAUCAAAUAUAUAUACCUUCCUCUAGUCACCAUACUUGUUGUGGUACCUGUCAAAACGUGUCCUGCUCUUUUCAUACCGAGAACGGAACACUAAUUGUGUAUGAGGAAGGAAGCACCUGGAGCUCCAACUGCACCAACUACAAAUGUGCAAAGACUGCUGCGGGGGCCAUCAUGCUGGGAUCAAGUGUUGUCUGCCCCCCUUUUAAUGACACUGAGUGUACAAAGAAUGGAGGAAUUGUGCAGACGUUUAAUGAUGGCUGCUGCAAGACCUGCAAAAAGGAAGAAAGGAUUUGCCAGAAAAUGACAAUCAGGACAACUAUAAGAAAAAAUGACUGUAUAAGUCAAAGCCCGAUAAAUGUGGCUUCUUGUGAUGGAAAAUGCCCAUCUGCAACAAUUUUCAAUGUCAAUAUUGACAGCCAUUUAAGAUUCUGUAAGUGUUGUCGAGAGACUGGAACACGUAAUGUGACUGUGCCACUCCGCUGCUCAGGAAACGGCACUGAAAUCAUGUACGUCAUUCAAGAGCCUAUAGACUGCUCCUGCCAGUGGAACUGAACAGGACUGUGGAUGCGAUUUUAUCUGAAGAAUUAACAUGAGUUUCCUUUCACCAGACUCUCUUUUUUGACCUUGGAUGGCUAUACUACUCUGCAGGGGAAAAAAAAUAAAUUAAAAUGUCCUCAAUUAUGUUUUAUAAUGUAACUUCUCACAAAUUUAGAAAAGAUUAUGUUCUUCGUUGUUCUUCAAAUUAUAGGAAGAAAAAUAUAAAAGCUUUGAACAAGGUUUUUAGCCAUCAUUUAUUUCUCCUCAGUGGCCUUCUGAUGAGCUGUCGAAUGCUGCUUAAUGUCUGUGUUUCCAGUGUUUUAAAAUUUUGGAUUGUGACUAUUAUCAAAGUUCAGAAUUUCUCAGUGAGUCUUUUCCUUUCACUUGGGAACUUCUGGUUGAGAACCAUCACUGGUCCCAUGUUUAAAUGGGAAAGGAGCAUACUAAGGUUUUGAGAAUGACUGAAUUAAUUUAUUAAAACAAUGGUGGGUUCAACGGAAACAUUUUUUAUCUUGCUGAAAAGUCUGUCUUUUGUCCAUUAGCCUGUUGUCAAUGAAGGGACUCUGACUACACUGUAACUGACUGAAAAACACCACGACUGUGGUCUGUAAGUACCUGUUGUGUAUCUCCAGGCCAUAUACCAGAAUCAUAAUAAUGUCUUUAAACUUUUGACAUCUAUUUAAUUUUGAUAUAUAUUAUAAAUAUGAAGCAUGACUAGGCAAAGGCUGGAGAGUUCAAGCUUUUUUGCCUUUGUUGAACAUACCUAAAAGCUGUUUCUGAUAUGAAGGAUCCUAUUUUAUAUCCAUUUUUCAGUUUUCACAAAUAAGAAAUUAGCUGUCUACUAGCUGUAGAGUAAAAUUCUAUGUAUAUAUAUAUUUAUUAAAAAAACAGGAUACUGUACAUUUUAACUAUUCAUAAUAGGUUUCUUCUUUUGUUUUCCAUUUUGAAGAUUUGUGUUCAGUAUAUUUUUACAAAAUACAUAAAACUAGGGUUUUUUCUUUUUUAAAUAUUGAGAUUUGGACUAUUGACUAAAUUUAGGAUUCAUAGUUUUUCAUUCCAGGAAAUAAAAUCAUAUAUAUUUUGAAGGACUUAGGUGAGCUAUUCAUGUCCAAUCAGGCUGUGAAUGUCCCGAUUCAGCACCUUAGGCUGAAUACACUCUCCCUUUUAUUAAACAUACUACAUAAUACUAUCUUAAAAACUAGGAAUACAACUUAUGUUUGUUUUUAGAAGACUGCUUUAUAAACUCACUGAAUAUAUAUGACAGAUAUUUCAAGUUAUUCUAUACUAGGGCCUAGAACCAAAAUAUUCUCUGCUAUUGCUGUUGGAAUUUGUGUACAGAAACUAUUCAUGCAGGCCAGAAAUGGGAAUUUAAUCAUAGUGGUAGCCAUAACGUUUGUGUACUCAUACAGCAAAUUAAAAGAACAACUUUUAAAAGAAAAAUACAUCCUUAGAGCCUUUUGAUUUAUUAACAUAGAGAUAGGAAUCGUCUAUUUGCAUCAAGAGAGCUUGGCCAAAAACUUCUUAAUGAAUUUAGCAUUUGAUAAAUUACUGAUGGAAUCUCCUACAAGAUAGCAUUUUUCCACAUAAUGAACAAACACUUGAUGUGUUUCAAUGGAACAG